AUGGGCGGAGCAGUAAGCAUGCGCUGAGCUGGCAGACUCUGGGCUGGUCCUGACGGGCUGGCUGGGCUCCGGGCGGCUGUCUGUGCGAGUCAGACGGUCGUGGGGGAGACUUCCAUCAGCACUCAGCGUCUCCCCGAGUGCGGAGAGGGAGGAGAGAGAAAAAAAUUCAGGCAGAAGACACACGGGGAUCACUGCGCGAAAAGAAACCAAAAAACAGCCCUACCUCUGCAUCUGGAAAAGCACCGAAGAAGCUAGAGACGAUCCUCUCCCUCUACCCCACAUCCCGUCGCCAACCCGCCCUAUCUAUCCUAUCCACCACCACCACUUGGUGCCCUCCCACCCCUUCACCCCCGCCCCCUCUUUGGAGAAGCAAGACCACCCAUAGGAACCCCUGUACUUGACCAGCGUUGCCAUUAAGCGAUGCGCUUUGAAUUUAGGAAGAAAUCACCUAUGCGCUUUUGAUGCACAGCACAAGCAAGUGGUCUUCGUUGUUUUUUUCCUCAGCGGGAACAGUUCAGGCUAAGGAUCUCUGGGUGUUUGCACUUUUUUUGACGGGUUUCCAGUGUCGGGAUAACAUGCAAAAUAUCACCCCACGACCACAGACAAGGCUGUCAUCCUCGUAGACAAGCCUUUAUUUAAACGAGCAGCUGUCACACACGCUGCGUUUUAAGGCUUAUGUUUGCUUUUCAAUGCUUAGAAAUAAUCCUGACAAUGGUCUGCAAACGGACCGCCUCUCCAGACACCUAGUUCUAUUUUCCCAAGACAUGACAGCUGUUUAUUUCGUUUUUAACGUAGAAAAAGCAACAAACUGACGAGGGGUCUUCUUGACACAGACGCCGUUAGAGCCACGGGACUUUGCGUGCGAAGUUUGCACAGCAGAGAUCGGGACACAGCCGGAGAUAUCUCGACCACAUCCACGGCAUUCUCGCUUCAAGGAGGGAGGUCUGCGAUCAUGCUGUCGCUGGACGAGCCUCUGGACCUGAAGCUUCCUCGGAGGGCCAACGGGAAGGACAGAGGGGCGCGCAAUCCUCCUCUCUCACCGCUGCACCCCAAACAUGCUCGCCAGCUCCACAUGGCAGAUGAUGGGACAGCAGUCAUAGAGCCUGCCUCACCAGCAUCUCCACACACAGGCGUGCAGGUGGUCCCUCAUGAUCGAACAGACACUCCCACCCCCCCUGCAGUGGACCUGAGCAUGUCUCCAUCCUCCCGCCACACCCCAAGCUCUCCAGAAAUGACCAACGGAAACUACAUCCCUUCAGGCAAUUCUCAUAUCUCACAGGCCUUCCAGUUCUUUGUGCCAAUAGGACAUGGGACAGGACUUCACCUUCCGUCCUCUAUGUUCAUUGGCCAGACUAGUGACAAGAGAUCCUCUCCAGAUCUUUCAGCAGAUGAACAGCUAGCCUGUCAUUGGAAGAAGUGCCAUCUGCUGUUUGACUCCCUGCAAGAUCUGGUAGACCACGUUAACGACUUCCACGUCAAACCUGAAAAGGAUUCUGGGUACUGCUGCCACUGGGAGGGCUGUGCUCGCAAAGGGAGAGGGUUUAAUGCUAGGUACAAAAUGCUCAUCCACAUUCGCACUCACACUAAUGAGAAACCCCAUCGCUGUCCCACCUGCAACAAGAGCUUCUCGCGCCUGGAGAAUCUCAAGAUACACAACCGCUCACACACAGGUGAAAAGCCCUACAUUUGUCCGUAUGAGGGUUGCAACAAGCGCUACUCCAACUCCAGCGACCGCUUCAAACACACACGCACGCACUAUGUGGACAAGCCCUACUACUGCAAGAUGGUGGGCUGCUUGAAGCGCUACACAGAUCCCAGCUCUCUCCGCAAGCACAUCAAAGCCCACGGCCACUUUGUGACUCAGGAGCAGGGCUCCUCGGGUGGAGUGGGCUCCCUGUUAAAGGGAAGUCAGAGCGGGGGGUUUACUAGUGGUGGUGGGAAAGAUUCAGAGUUGUCCUAUGUGAGCGGAGCCCACAUUAUAAUCCCAGGGGCAGCGGCUGCUCUCCUGGGAGGCCAUGCUCUGCAGGGCCUCGGUGGAAGCCUGCCCCUGUCCCCACUCAGUUCUCGGCCCCUGGACCUCAGCACACUGGGCUGUGCCAACUCCCCUCCUGGCAGCUUGGGAGGAACAUCCAUCCUCUCUUUCAACGGCUCCCCGCUGGGUCUCACAAAGUCCCAUCUUCUCUCCCCCGCGUUUCCCUCCUCGGCCCUGGGCCUGCCGAUGGUGCCGGUUCUGGGGCCCGCAUCCGAGUGCAGGGUCCAGAACCACCAUGCAAAGAAGGGCAAAGGAGAGGAGGCAGAGAAUGAGGUGACUGGGGGGGCCCUGAACCUCUCCACAGGAGGGUCUCAUGAUCCUUUGUCCUGGGUCGUCAUCCCCCCAGGCACUGUGGUGCUCAAGCCAGCUGUGGUCAACUGAUACACACACACACACACACACACACACACACACACACACACACACACACACACACAUGUUUUACUAACACACAUUCCAGAAGAGCUCAGGGGGUCGGGAUGGGAGGGUCAAUGCCAUAGUGAGGGUCUGGGCAGUCAAGGGUGAUAGGGAUUGGCUCGCACAAUCAAAUCCAGGCAAUGCAUUGGGAUAGAGACACUUAAAGAAUAAAAGCAUACUUAUCAAAUCGGCAAUCAGCAAAAGCAAGUGAAAACAGUACACCUCACAAGAAUGAGUGUGCAACGGAAGCCUAUCGCAUUGUUGGCAAAAAACUAAACUUGAGGCCCAAAUGCUCUGUUCAGGAAACUUGUAUGUACUUUUAAGGCCUUUCAACAGGCUCCUCUUUCCUCUCUUAUUUUAUACUCUACUCAUUCCUGUUUGCUGUUUCUAUGGACAAGGACCAUGAACGUGACAGUCUUAGUGCUCUGUGUUCUUACAAAAGUCCUCCUUCAUUGACAAGUAUUUAUAAGACUGUACUUUGACAGUGUGCCUCCAGCUUCGCAGUGAGAUACACACACACACACACACAAACACACACACAAAAUAAGUGACGCGCUCACAUUUAGGCAAACAGGGGGAUUCUCAAAUCACUUUAAAGUUUUGACCUAUUUCUCGCAGGGCGCUGUGAUUAAUAUGAUCCAGACAAGCUUGCCAAACCAAAGCAAGUGAACUCAAAUGUAUUUGUGCGGGGGGACGAGACCAUUAAACACAGCGAAUAAUAGCGUCAACUGGCUAUAGUAUCGAAACCUCAAAACUGCUGCUAACUAUUGACAAUCUGUCCCCAGUUUGGGGAGAGGGUGACCAACACAGACCAGCCUAGUCCACCAGAAUGUGUACGAGGUGUGCAGACUAGGGGCUUUUAGGGGCACAGAGCGAACUGAGGACAUGACAUAGACAAACGGUGUUACAUCACCUGGCAAUCACCAAUCGAUUUUCAAGUGAGAUUUAAGGCACUGUGGUGUAGCCGACACCCUCCAACGCCCCUCCUAGUAGGACGUGACACACACGACAUCCUGCUUGCCUUUUACAGAACUAGCACUGUUUUUUCUCCUGGAUUGUCCAGCUGCUUUCCCGUAAUUGAAUCAACACAGCCAGUUUGCGUAUGAAAGGGCCACUGUGGCGAUAAACACUACUGUCUUGUAUUUUUUUUUUUUUUUUUGUAAGUAACCCGACCCAAAACCAGCUGUGAAAAACAGGUGGUCGUCCAGUCGAGGUCCAACCCGGAGCCGUUGGUCGAAUAUUUGUCCCGAGUUCAACAAGUUUUCACGCUGUGCCAAAAGUACCUGGAAAACUGCAAGCAGGAUGUUCGCAU